AUGCGAAAAAAUCCGUUGCUAUUGUAUCUAAUUCUCAUCAUUUUUGCUGAUGUUUCCAAUAGUCUAACACAAACUGAAUUGAAUGAAUUGUCGCGGAAAUUCAAAUAUUAUCAUGCGGCGGUUAGGCCGGCUUCACCCGAUAAUUUUGUCACCAAUCGAAAUGGCACGUUUUUCAAUGUGCCUGUUGAAAUGCAUAUUUUAGCUACGCGGAUUAUCAAUGUAAGUUUUUCUGUGUGAAUUUCAUAUUGUCCGUUUGGAAAUGAGAAUCAUCCCGCGAAAAAAUAAAUUUGAAUUUGAGAAAAUCUCUAAUUCCCCCCCUACCCCCGCGAUGCGUGUGCGUUGCGGUCGCUUUCCCAUACAAAACCCCCGUUGGCUGUUUGCCAGCGCACUCUCUCGCUGUCUGCGUCUCCUGCAGCAAAUUCAAAUUGAUUUUUUCGCGGGGUGAGUCUUAUUUCCAAACGGACAAUACCAAUAUCCUGAAAUAAUCUUCUUUCCAGCGUUCCCUUUACGUUGAAUGUAUCAUAAAACUCGAAUGGAUUGAUGAACGAUUAAAACUUCGUGAACUAUUCGAUCAUCUCACUCUUCCCGCCGAAUUUUCAGCCUGGCAUCCCUCUUUGAUUUAUUCGCCAACACCAACUUCGAAAUAUAGUUCGCUGAAUCCGACUGUCGGACAACUCGCCACUUUUAUCACCAUUAAAACAUCUUUGGAUUGUACGGCGACAGCGUGGAAAUAUCCUUUUGAGAGUUUUAGUUGUCCGAUUAGUAUUUCGUCGGAAGGAGGUGAGGGAUUGGGAAAGGAAAAUGGGGAUAGACAGCAAAAAAAAGUUCAAAGUUCUUCUUUUGUUUCGUUGAUCGUUUAAUCGUAGGGAAAAAAAAUCUACAGGAGUUCUGGUAACUUUUCACAAAUUGGAACAAUGUUCCCCGAUCAUCAGAAGGUUCUGUACCAAUUCUAAAGCCAAUUUUCUGUUAAUUUUUGGGGAAAAAAAGCAAAUUCCAAUAGAAAAUUGCCCCUCGGGUCAGACGAGAGACGACAGGGGUCUGAUGACGUCAUCUAAGACAGAGAACGACAUCGCUUCGAGAUAUUUUUGAGAAAAUGUGUGUCCCUUUGAAAAAACACCGUAUUUUGUUUCAAGGAACACAUGUUUUAUUGAAAAUAUCUCGAAGCGAAAUUAAUUUUCAGGAUAUUUUUGCAAAAUACUCACGUAUUUUUUUGGCCCUCGGUUCGCGGUUGGUAUACUGUAUUGACUUGUGCAAACACGGUGACGCACAAAUACACAAAAAUGUCUCGCGUCUCUCCAUUUUGCGCGCUAUUUUUCGAAAUUGGUCUCGCCACGAACCCCGAAACGCUAAAACGGCACCCGUCCGCUCCACUAAAGCUUAUUUCCAUGCAGUUUUUCACGGCGAUAAAGAUGGUGUACUCAGAUUUUGAUUUGGUGCAGCCGUUCUUGAGAUUUUGGUGGAAAAUUAAAGCAUGUCCCUUUAAACAGCGAACCGAGAUUUUUUGUUCAGCAACAAAAUAUGUGUACUCUCGUCGUCUCGCGUCUGACUCAACGGGCGCCUUGUAUGGUCGUGAAAUUUGAUUUUUUCAGAUGAAGCAUUGAUAAUAACUCGAGUAGUUGAUCUCCGCGAUCCAACCCAAAAACUUCUCGCCUCAAUCUCAAUCUCCGAUUAUCCCUUAUGCCUCAUCGAACUUUGUUUCAAAGCCGAAUGGCCACGUGCAGUUCUCUCUUCCUUUCUCCCAUCAAUCCUUAUAAUUUCAUCAGUUUUUCUCGCUCAAUGGAAACGUCGAAAAAUUCAAAUUCUCGUUUCAUUAGCCGCAAUGAUUGGUAUAUUAAUUAUGUUGUGUUCAACUCGACCGUAUACUGCAGCUACACUUAUGGAUCUCUGGUUAUGCGCUACUUUUAUACAUUCUAUUUUUCUAGUAUUGAUUGAUUUGACAUUGCCGGCUAGAAGAGUUCGUUAUACUUUGAUGGUUCAUGUUGAUGAAACAACUCAACAAGCGAAACCUUAUAAAAUUAUGACUAGAUGUGAGUUUAGAGCACUGGAUUUGUGCAAAAAAAUGAUUUUAAAAAAAUUAAAGGCGGUCAGACAGCUAUUCCGGUUGACGGAGACCACCCACGAAGCCUCUGACUUUAACCGGGCUAAACUUGAACCAAACAAAAGAUGAAAUAUUGUGAAAAUAUGACCCUUCAAAUCUUCCUGUGCAAAAGUGCGUCGCGGUGUUUGCACACACACAAAUCCGCUGGAGGCAAUUUGAAAUUUUGAAGAUUUUCUCAGCUCGUAUUAACUUUCAUGAUUUCGGAAUUUUUUCACUGGUUCGUUACAUAAUAAACAAUUUUUGAAACUAAGCUUUGAGGAAAACCGGAAUAAUUGUCUAACUGCCUUUAAAAAAACUUUUUUUUUUUUGAAAGUUAGGGAAACUUUCGGCAUCAGUUCAAUUUUCCAGCUGAAAUCGAAAACCCGGGUCCAUUCCGCUACGUAAACCACGUCAUCGACUAUCUAACAAAACGCGAAAUGACACCAAAAACCACAAUAGUAACCGCUUCACCCGGCGCAACACCAAUUCAGCGACAAAUAACAACAGCAAUGCUCGGAAAUCGUAAACGUGUCGCCUUGUCAAUCAUCGCUAUUUCCUAUUUUUGUUUUCUACUUUUCUAUGCAAUUAUUGUUUUAGUUAUUGAUUGA